AUGGCUGAGGAUGUGAUCAAUGGGUUGGAGAAUAUGAGAUUGAUGACAGAGGAGGAAGAAGUGAUUACAAUAUUGGAUGAAGGUCGGAAGGAGGAAAUCGAGGGAUGUGCCUUGAGUCUGAUUGGUAAGUUCCUUACUUGCAAGCCAUUCAAUAAGCUUGCAGCCCAUAACACGUUGAGACGAGCUUGGGGCUUGGAGAAGGAUAUACAGAUUGUGGAAGUGGGAUCCAAUCUUUUCCAGUUUAAGUUUAGUAGAGAAUUUGAUUUGGAUAGAGUUCUCAGGGGGGGUCCUUGGUCGUUUGACAAUCAAGUGCUUUUGUUUCGUAGAUGGCAUAACGAUCGGGGGGCACCUUUUGAUAUGUCAUCACCUAAGGUUGCGUCUGAGAUUGGGCGUCGUUUGGGGGAAGUGGUGGAGGUAGAAAAGAGAAGGAGUUUGGAGUCUCAGAACUUGUUUAUGCGGGUCAAGGUGGCACUUCCAUUAUCUAAACCACUGCGACGGGGAGGUUUCAUUGGAGGAUCAGAUGGGCAAAGGAGUUGGGUGGAUUACAGAUACGAACGUCUUCCAUUAUUCUGCCAUUACUAUGGUCUAUUGGGUCAUGAUCUCAAACACUACGUUGAAUACUUUGCAUGUUGUAGGAAUGGGGAAGAGGUUGCCUGUUAG